AUGAUCCCCUCACAGAUGGAGAGGAUGAAGCCAGGCGCUGCUACUAUUGGUCAGGGCAGAUCGGCGGUCAUCAGCAAAUCCAUGACAACCUCCAGAAACAGCCAAAGCCGUACCACCACCACGGUGGAAACUUUGAAUGGGAGUAAUGUGAGGAACUCUCCCCAUUCAGGAAGUGCUGUUGCUUUUGCUGGGACUCCGGUUGCUCCUGCUGCUGAUGGUGCUGCUGCUGCUGCUGCACCUUCAGCUUCUUCUAACACUGCCUCCCAGACUUCUUUGCUCAGCACUGCUGCGUCCUCCUCUUCCGCACCCGUCUUCUCCUCCAUCAUUGCAAGUGCUGGACCUCCGGUGGCACUGGUGAGGCCAGCAAGUGCCGCACCUGCUGCAGCUUCUGUUGCUGCAGCUACCCAGAAGGGGAACGCUCUUGGCAUCGAUUCAACUCUCAGUGUGAGGAGUUUGUCUCUCCCUGUUGCUGCUCCUGGAACCGCUGUGGGUGCUGGAGUUUCACUUCAGCCAUCCCUGGGGAACAGUCAACUUGACUGCUGCAUGCCAGCCACAGCCACCACCCAGGUCCUCAAUUCGGAGGCCCCUAAAACUGUAAUGAUGGCAGUGCCUCAGCAGCAAACACUGACGAGCGGUGGCCAAUCCAGCACAGGGCGCAAUGCCAUCAUUGGGCAAACCAGGCAAGGGGGCUCUCCUAAUGGUGGUGGCACUGCCAAUAGAGUGGCCCAAAGUCUGCCAGGAAUUCCAACAGCCGCUACAGGUGGGAUCGGAGCAACGUCGGCUCCUACACUUUUAGCACGCCGUCUGCCUCCACCAGCUCAGAAUCCUACAACUAUUCCAGUGUUUCAGCUAUCCCCAGGUAUGGUCCUCAUUCCAAGCGAACAUGGACAGUUGUUACUCCUUCCCCUACACAGAUUGGCACGGAUGCGGGCACAGGCACACGCUCAGUUCCAGCCUCGGAAUACCAGGGUCCCAUGCCCCGACACUCCCACAAGGGGCCCUCCUCAUCAGCUAUCGACUCUGCAGCCUCCUGCAACACCACUUCUUGCACGACACGAGACACCAACCGCCACGGUGCAGCCAGUGUCCCAGGCACAGGCGAUGCUGCAGCCAACUUCAACAUUACCGACUUCUCUCGUACUACAGCCUCAGGUCGUUGUGGGCGCUGCUGCACAGACAGCUGCAUUGGCAACAGCCUCCUCUCUACAGCCUGGAACACCUCAGAGGGCUGGCCAGCUCUCUGCUGCCUCCACAGCAACGAUGGAAGAUGUGCAGAAAUGCCAGCAUUAUCUGUCUACCUUAAUCCGGCUGGCCUCAUCUGGAAAACGCUCUGCAGAGACAGCGGCAAAGGUCAAGGAGUUAGUCCAGAACUUGCUGGAUGGGAAAAUGGAAGCGGAAGAGUUUAGCAGCAGCUUAUACCGAGAACUGAAUGCUUCACCUCGACCUUAUCUCGUGCCUUUCCUGAAGAGCACUUUACCUGCCUUGAGACAGUUAACUGCAGCCUUGAUCCAGCAAAGUCAGCAACGACAGCCCUCGGCACCGGCAACAACUGCCCUGAGGGCCGUGGUGCCCAGCAGCUCGGUUCAGGGCACAGCCGGGAAGCCUGCUGCCUCCGGAACAAGCGCUCUGCAGCCUCCAGGCAUCGGGCUGACACAGCCCGCACCAGUCAGCCUUAGCACACGAGGGCAAGCUACACCUUUGGCUAUCCAACCACCACAGAAACCCGGGCCGUCGAGGAGAGCUGCUCGGGUCACCGGAACAGCCACACCGACGCUAGCGUUGCCACAGCCACACAAUCGUAACCUGCCCACUGCUCCUCGGCCGAUUCGACGCCGUCAGCUUCAAUGUGUUCCCGUGGUCGAACCUGCUGUGUCACCUGCCACCCCUGGCACUACUGUUUCCGCACCGGCGGCUGCCGCACCACAGAGUCAGCCUCCAGAACCUGCAGCUGGUUCUUUCGGGGACGACGAAGACUUCACCGACCUUACCUCACUGGCCAGAGUCAACUUAUCCGAGGAGAGGGCAAGGAUAUUGGCAACAAAUUCUCGAUUCGUGGGCACCCCAACCAGAUCUUGUGGGGAUGAAACCUUCCUCCUUUCAGCACCUUUACAAAGAAGGAUUCUGGAAAUGGGGGAAAAGUACGGAAUAACCGAACUGCACCCCGAUGUAGUAAGGUACGUGUCCCAUGCAACCGAGCAGAGGCUCCGAAACCUCGUCGACAAAGUGUCCGAAAGUGCCCAAAGAAACCAUCUUUCUUAUGAGGAUGACGAAAGAUACCGGCAGGUGAGUGAUGUCCGCGCACAGCUCGAACUCUGUGAAGCGCUUCAUGCGACUGGGCAACCGAGUAAAGAUGAAGAAGAGAGAGAAACGUUCAUGCGAUGGGCCAAGUCUGGAUCCAGGCGAGAAGGCCCAGAAGAACUGAGCUGGAAAGAGGAGGCAGAGGAGAGCCAGCAACAAGAGCCAGCUCCGAAGAGGCAGAGGGAGGCCCACUUCACUGCUCUAGAAGGAGUCGGUCCUAGGAAGAAAAGGAAAGUGGAUUGUCCGGAACUGGGAUGGGAGACAGAGGCUUCCAGAACAAGGACAGCAAUCCCGGGCAGUUCUGGAGAUGGAGCCGCUAGACAGUCGAGGGCACAAAGGAUUACGCGGGUCACUCUCAGAAACCUCAUAUUUUGUUUAGAAAAUGAGCGAGAGUCCAGACAUUCGACACUGCUGUACAAAGCCCUGCUUAUGUAA